AUGUGCUUAGCCGCGCGGCUGCGGCCCGCCGGCAAGGCGGUCUCCGCCGCUCCCUCCGCCGCUCCCUCCGCCGCUCCCUCCGCCGCCGCUCCCUCCGCCGCUGCGCCGCCUCCGCGCCGCCAUUCGCUGGAGCGUGCGUUUGGAGUGCUCCUCUCGGUCAAUUUUCUCGUCUUCUGGGCCGUGCCAAUCUUUGGGAUGGGGCAGGCGUACCACCUUGGCCUGAAGCACGUCCUGCGGCCGCUCUACGACCGGCUCGACCGCUCGGCCGCCCUCCGCCGCUUUGCCGCCGCAUAUGUGUACAACAAGCCCGCCCACGCCGACUUUGCGGCGACGGCGGUGCUCACCUUUUUGUCGACGACGGUAGCGUUCGGCGUGGCGCUGCGCUAUCAGCUGGUGCACG